AUGACUCUUGCUCGUAGUCAAUCGAUGACAACAGAAGAAUUCAAUGAAUUACAAAGAAACACAAAUCAACUUAUUUCUGUGAACACAUUUCUAUCGACAUCAACAGAUCGUGAGGCAGAUAGUAUUUUUUCAGGUGAAGGUUCGCCAUAUCCUGGUCUCAUAUCAGUUGUAUUCGAAAUUUUGGUUGAUUCAAAUUGUGACAUAGCUCUUUUACCACCAUUUGCUGACAUAAGUAAUUUGAGUUAUAUGAAAGACGAAAAUGAAAUACUUCUUUCGAUGGGUACUGUCAUGCAAGUAGUGUUAGUAAAAAAAAAUUAUAAUCAAACGACCGGAACAAUUUAUUUACGAAUGUGUCGACAUGAUAAUCGUCUUGUAGUUGAACUGAAAGCAUAUUUAUCUAACGAAAUUCGAAAAACAAUCUAA